AUGCCUCCGCGCCGACAAUGGGCUGUGGGUUGUGUCGCAGCAGCGUGGAACCUCAGCAUCAACCGCAACUGGUCUCGCAAGGCCCUCGAUCUAUGCUACAAAGAGAGGUCCGACUUAAGACGUGAGAUUGUCAUAGUGACGGGUGGUGCGACAGGUAUCGGUGCCCUUGUAAUCCAAAAGCUCGAUGCUGCUGGCGCGACCGUCGUCGUUUUCGACGUCUCUAGGCUCAGCUACACGCCAAGUCGUAGAACCUCGCACAUUCAGUGCGAUUUCAGCGAUGUCUCGAGUGUAUAA